AUUAAAUUUGUAGUUAACAUGUCCACAGAUAUAGAUGUUGUUUUGGAUUUGAUUGGUCUUGGUUGGACACAGCUGUUGAUAUUUUUGAGUUGUUCGAUGGCAAUGAUCUAUUUUGUCAAUGAGAUAAUGGGCAUCAGUAUUGUGGCCAUAUCGAUAGCCUGUGAAUUUAAUUUAUCCCCAACCGAACUUUUUCUCUUAAGAAGUGCGGGAUUUAUGGGCAUGAUUCUAUUUACCUAUUAUGUCGGUUACAAGUCGGAUCAGAUUGGAAGACGUAAAGCGAUGUUAUACUCAUUGGUGAUGUCAUUAAUAUCAUCAGCUAUUUCUUUAACCAUGCCCAUAUUUUAUUGCUUUCUCAUUUGCCGUAUAAUAGCUGGCUUAUCUCUCUCUGGCAUUAUGGCGACUGCAUUCACCUAUCUGAUGGAGUAUACAACAAUUCAAGUGCGUCCCAGAAUGGCUAAUUUUUUCACCUAUGCCGUUGUCAUGUCCUUUAUUUUUGUGCCACUUUUGGCUCAUGUCUUUGAGCCCUUGCAUACUGUACUGUGGAGCAUGGGCAGCUUUCAUGUGCGUGUCUGGCGACUUUGUAUGCUCCUCAAUCUGAUACCAGGCAUAAUUGCCUUAAUAGCAUUUUCAGUGUUGCCAGAGUCAGCCAAAUAUUUACUCUCUGUGGGCAAUAACGAAGCUGCCUACGAGAUACUCAAUCGUCUUUGUCUAAGCAAUCGCAGAGAGAGCUUGGAGACUCUAAAUGUGACCAGAGUUACACAAGCACAUAUUCCACCUAUUCUUGAGAAACAAUCGAAUUGCAUUUAUCGCUUGUGGUACGAAACGCUGCCAUUGUUUAAGCCACCCUAUGUGAAACAGUAUGUGAUCAUCGUAUUGAUUAUUUGCGCCUAUUUCUUUGUCGGCAAUGGCUUUCAACUGUGGUUCACAGCGAUUCGUUAUCAACUGACUAAUAAGAGGAGUAUCAUGUGCGAUCAUUUGAAAGAAGACAAUAGUUCACCUAACGAUUCGAUGUGUACAGAUAAGCCCAUAAACUAUACAGAAAGUAUUAUUUUGGGCCUUUCUGCUCUGUGCACUUGUGCUUGGAUUACCAUAUUGCUUUGCUUUUUAAGUCGACGCAGCAUUAUGCUUGUUAAUGCGGUUAUUUCGACCAUUGGUGGACUGAGUCUCAAUUUUGUCAAAAAUCAGCUAUUGCAGCUAUUUGCCAUGGUGAUAUUCAUAACGAUGCUAAUCAUGGCCAUUCCACUGGCCAAUUCUGCCAUAGCCGAUAUGGUGCCCACGUAUUUAAGGGGUAAAGCAAUGAGUUUUUCUCUCACGCUUGCACGUUUAUCGGUCAUUAUUGCCAAUAGUAUAAUUGGACAUUUUCUGUACGAUUAUUGUUUGAUUACAUUCAAUAUAUUUGUGCUUGUAGUAAUUGCUAUUGUCAUUUUGAUAGCAAUUCUACGUGUGUAAUAAGCAGACAACUUUUCAUAUCUAUAUUUUGUAUUUUUGGAUACUGUGCGUAUACGUGAUAUGCGUAAUUAUUUAAGUGACAUGCUUGAUAGAAAUUUUUUUACAACUAAAUUGAUCAUUAUUGUUUGUUUUGAGUCCAAAUUGCAUGGCAGUAGUUUAAUUCUACACUCGAUGAAAGUCAUAGAAAGAUUUAUAAGUAAUUUAUUAUUGUUUGUACGCGUAUGUAUUUGGAAAAUAUACAAUUAUUAUAAAAUCAA